AUGUCAGUCCACCUUCGACCCCAAAAGAAGUAUGGCCGCGUCAUCGCCGCUGAUGAACGCGUGACCGCCCGACUUCCAACCUGCAAGGGAUGGGGCCUUCUUUCUCGAGUGCAAAAGCAAACGAUCAGGUUGGAGAUUAGAUCUCACAUCAGCGCCUACAUGUACGUUAUUCUGCUUUUCGCACUCCUAGCAUACACAAACACUGACUCUGACGACCUAUCCAGCGAUGAGAUCAUCGACGAUCUCGCUGUGGGCACAAAGCUCGACUACGAGGAGCUCGCAGAGGACGCCAUCCGCACAGUCUUCGAGAAGAACUUGGACAUUUUUAGUGUCAAGGACGAGCAAGGAAACAUGGCUGACGACAGCUUGGUCGUGGAGCUGAUGUGA